AUGUCUUUCAUCAACAUUUGUCGUGACAACACUGAUCCGUUUUAUCGGUACAAGAUGCCUCCAAUCCAAUCAAAGGUUGAAGGAAGAGGAAAUGGUAUCAAAACUGCCAUCGUCAAUUUAAGCGAAGUUUCUCGUGCACUUGGUCGUCCUGCUUCGUACAUUGUCAAGUACUUUGGCUCAGAAUUAGGUGCUCAGACCUCUAUGGAUGAAGACAAGAACCGUUACUUGGUGAAUGGUGUUCACGAUGCCAAUGAAUUGCAAGAUUCCUUGGAUGGAUUCAUCAACAAGUUUGUGUUGUGUGCAAACUGUAAGAAUCCUGAAACUGAGAUUCAGAUCAAAGAGAAGGAUAAUUUACAGCGUGACUGUAAGGCUUGUGGACAUGUUUCCAUCAUCGACCCCAGACACAAGUUGUCUACUUUUAUAUUAAAGAAUCCUCCAGCAGGUGCCAAGGGUGGCAAAAAGGGAAAGAAGGCUGCUACUGCUACUGCUAACGUUGUAGGUGGAGGAAAAUCGAUUUCUGAUAUCGCUUCUGGCCAGCAACAAGAAAACGGCAGCGGUGACGUUGGUGACGACGAUGACGAUGUUUUAACUAGAAAGAUCAAUGCCGAGGCUGCUGCAUUGAAAGCCGAGAGCAUUGAAGUCAAUGAUGACGACUGGGCUGUUGAUAUGUCGAAGGAAGCUAUCGAGGCCAGAGCCAGAGAAUUGGAAGGUUUGUCGUUACAAGGAGACCAAGAAAAGUACAACGAAUUGGGCGAAUGGAUCUUGAAAGGCCGUGAAGAGGAUGAGUUGCCUAGCGACGUUGAGAUUUACAAAAAGAUUGUUGAGCUCGAUAUCUUAGAAGAACCAGAAACUGUUCAAGUUUUGGCCCAGGUCUUGUUUGACGAAGAGAUUGUCAGUGAGCUUGAAGAGCACGCAGGUUUAUUGACAAAGUUGAUCAACCAACAAACUGAAUUGGAGAAAGCGUUCAUGGGAGGAUUGGAGAGAUUCUUGGGUAUGGAGAAACCCGAAUUGAUUCCUGCGUUGCCCAAAAUUUUGAUGUCUGUUUAUGAACAUGAUAUCGUCAAUGAGAAUGUUAUUCUUGCAUGGGGAAGCAAAGUGUCCAAGAAAUACGUCGCUAAGGAUAUUUCUAAAAAGGUUCGUCGUGCCGCUAAACCAUUCAUCAAGUGGUUGCAGGAAGCUGACGAGGAGAGUGACGAUGAUGAGGAAUAG